AUGUCGUCUUCGCACAGCGGUGAGCCGAAGUCAAGCUCUGGAGGGACAGCGCCUGCGUUCUCAGUGAGCAGCUAUGUUCCUGCAGUACUUGCAAAUCCGCUGACUGUGCGGGCAACUGUGCUACGGAAGCCAGAGCUCUUUCCUGUGGCCGCGGCAGAGCUUGUGGAGGAGAAUGACAUUCUCUUUGACGUCCUUGCCAACCCGCUUCAUUACCCUUCCACUGUGAUUAUGGACGAUGAUGACGGCAAUGAUGUGAAAUCUCCCUCAUGUCGUCGAGGCUGGACCGACCCACUAGCGGGCCACGGCGUUGGGUCCAUUCUAUCCCUGCCCUCUACGAUCGGAAAACACUUUGUAGGGGAACCUUUCCGCGCCUUUUUGAGUUUCCACAACGCUGCGACGUACGCGCUCGGCUCCGUGCUAUUUCGUAUCGAUUGCUUGCACCCGACACAGCAGCGUACUUCGCUUGUUAGUUACGACUGCCAGCGUCUGGAGGGGAAAGGGAACGUGUCUUUCAAGGUGGAGCUCACACUCACCGAUUCAGGCCAACACACCCUCAGUGUGGCGGUGACGUUCAUUGAUAUUGUCCAAGAAGCCAAGCGGCUGACAUGGUCGUCAAGCUUUCAGGUGGAGCGUGCUGUUACGGAAGUGCAUAGGACGCUUUGCGCCAUUCCUCUGUUGACUCGUUACCCCAGGAAUACGGCCAAUCCUCUGCGCACCGCCGGCCCCACUCUUGAAGAGGUAGCGUCAAAUAUUGCACUUCCAACUAGAAAGUACGCCCUGUCGAUGUGCCUGCAGAACACGUCCUCCUUGCCAUUGGCCAUUGUGGACGUGGCACUGCACGCUGGGGACGCUUUUGAUGUUUUGCCACCACCACGCCGCUUUGCCGCGAAACAUAUCCGUCCGAUGCCACUGUGGUGGCCAGUUUCCUCGGGGGAGCCAAAAGAAGCGGGGGAUUCUUUUCGCAUUCGCUACACUGGCGGUGGAACGGACGACGUAGAGGAUCUCCACCUCCACCCAGGGGACAGACGGAGUUACGUGUUUGAGAUUUUCUUGAAACCAGACAAACUUCGUUCCCUCGCGCUGUGCCAUAACGCGGCUGGUGCUACUGUGGCAGUGGCACCGCCGAAUAUCGUGGAUCUUGGCCAUGUGGAGUGGAAGUGGCGACGCGCUAACGGCGACGGUGGAACGGAGCGUAGCAGACCUGUGCGACUUAGUCGUAUUGUCAAACAGCCAAUGUUGGAGCUGUUUGUGGUGAAUGUGACGCCGGAAACGCCAAGGGCGGGCAUGCCAAUGACACUUGAAUGCGUCGCCGUUAAUUAUGACUCGGAGAACCACGUCGAUUUGGCGCUGCGGGUGCGGCCUGACCAUCUGGUGCCGGCACUUGUGUACGCAGGCCCUCUCGUGUGCUUGCUGGGCCUCCUUGAGCCUUGCGGCACCAUGAAAUUCUGCGUGUCGCUGGUGCCGUGGAAGUCUGGAUGGGUUGCGGUGCGUGGCGGCCUGGAGCUGUGCGAUGCACGGGAACCAUCGCAUCUGCUCUGGCCGUUGCAACCAGUGACAACGCAGCCCCCACCGCUUUCAUCGUCCGUGCCGUUGGGUCCGCCAUCGUUGAUUUCCUCGGUGGUAGCGACGGAACUACCAGAGCAGCUAUAUCCACCUGUUCUUUGUGAGGUUCUUGUCUGCUAG